CUUGUAUGUUACUGUACUAAUGUUGAAUUUUUCAGCAGGGCAAAUGAUGCUGUUCUAUUGGCCCUUUAUGAAGCUGUGCAUCUGAACCGAAACUUUAUCACUGCCCUGACACAUUCAUUGACUGACUCUUGUGGACCUUCAACUUCUCCUACUCCUGUGUCAUCAGAAGGAACAAGUCAAGGUUCAGCUGAUCUCACUGACAUUCACACUCCACCUUCCAACUUGCUUGUGACUUUUCUGGAAUUUUCUUCUAUUGUUUUCCAAAAUACAAAAACUGAAGCAAACAUUCAGACUGCUAAACUGUGUUUUACCAUUCUCAUUUGUAUUGCUGAGGAUCAAUAUGCUAAUUCUAUCAUGCAUGAUAUUAACAUGGUUUUUAAAGUUCAACUGCACAGAGUGCCCAUGAGACACCGUAAAGUGUCAUCAGAGAGACGUUCUCCAUCACGUCCUCUUGCUUGUGCCAUCCUUGACCUAAUGGUUGAGUUCAUCUUCAGCCACAUGAGAAAAACACUACUUUUGGAACUUUUUAAUCGCUGUCUAGGAAUCAUUCAUCGAUUGUUGUGCUACCAGAAAAAGUGUCGGGUACGACUACAGCAUAAUUGGAAAGAACUUUGGACAGCAUUAAUCAAUCUUUUGAAGUUCAUGUUGAGUCAUGAGUCAGACCUAGUUAAAAAGUACAACACUUUCCAGUUAGCUCAUCAGGUGAUAAACAUUUUCAACCUCUUCAUUACUUUUGGAGACACAUUUCUUCCAUCUCCAACUAGUUAUGAUGAGCUCUAUUAUGAAAUAAUUAGAAUGCAUCAAGUUUUUGACAACACAUAUUCUAUGGCUUUGCGGUACACAACAACUGGUGGAAACUGGAAAGACUCAGCAGCAAAACUCACAAAUAGUUUAGUCAAUAUCAGAGCUAUCAUCAACCAUUUUUCUCCCAAAAUUGACUCUUGGGCUUCAGCCAACUACAUCUCAACUUUAACUGAAGAACAGGUGCUGGAGGUUGUACGGAACAACUAUGACACACUGACACUCAAGCUCCAUGAUAAUCUUGAUCAGUUUGAAAGAUAUUCAGAAAAACCCAAAGAAUCAUCAUUUUUCACUCAGAUGGUACGAAGUGUUGUGUCUGAAUACCAGCAAUCUCUCAACUUCACUUCUCUGGAGCAGCAAAAUCUUCUUCAGGAAUUUUCAACCAUAACAUAGUUGUGCAAAUUGUAUCUAGGUUUUUUUAACCAUUCAUUGUUCUCUUCAAAAUCUGUUCUGCAUUAUUUCUAAAUAUUACAGUAAGCUGUAAUAAAAUAGGGGAAUUUAAACCUUACAUUUUUGUGUUUAAACUUCUUAAUGCAUGUUAAGCUUGUGAAAACUAACAUACUAUCAGAUUUAAACCAGUUUCAGUGCAGCUUUCUCAAAAAUAUCUGUUUCGUUUCCUUUUGGAAAAAACAUUGCAAGUAUUUUUUUAAUCAUUAUAAAUUUCAAAACCAUUACCUUAUUUGCAUACAAUUUCAUGAAUGUUGCUUGCAAGAUGUUUAAAAUAAAAAGAACUUUCUGGGCUUUUGUUAUGCUUGAAUGUAUAAUUGUAUCAUUACAGUCUUUUAUUGCAGAUAUUUUAUGUAAUACUGAUUUUAUAAGACAUUGUAGGGUUCAAUGGGCAGUGCCAUCAAUAAUAUCUAUUUGCUUUAUUUUGAAAUUUACAAAUUCAGUCACCUUUUACAAAACUAAUGUGUCUGUAAAUUACGAAAAUAAUAACAAUGAUAGCAGUAUGAUUGUAAAAUUAAUUACUAGCUUUAUCGUCUGUUUUAUUCAAGUGCUUUUUAUGCUGUAGUGGCUCUUUGUAAUCAGAUACCCAUUUUCUGUAACCAACUUUCUUAGCAGUAACAAGUUGAAUGCACUUAACCAGACUAACUUCUCCAAUAGUUGUGUUCUUUAAGAAACUUUUCUUGUGCAAUAACAAUGCUUGAUGGUCAAGCUCUUGUUUCCAUUCUAACCAUGUACAGUUUACAUGUAGCUUUGAUUGAUUUCAUGCAACAAAAAUUGGGGUCUGUAGUAGUUUUCAAUGUAUUAUAUCCAUAGCAGUAGUUUGACACCAAUCUUUCUGGAAUAUAAAAACAUAUUGCAUGCAUAAGUAGCUGAAAAUACUGUUAGUAAAACUCAUCACAAGCAGUAUCCCGUCAGUUUGAAUUGGAUGAUCUUAUUAGAUUUUUUUAAAUUAAAAAUAACAGUAAUUAUUAUUUUUAGCUUUAGAAAUUUCACACACAUAUAUAUAUAUAGAUUACUAGUUUUUUACCAUAAAAAUGAAUUAUUUUUUUACAAAUUCAAUGCUGAAAAAAUUACAACAACAGACAAUAUGUUGCUUUAUCUCUGAAUCUAUACAUUUUAUGAGAAUGAGAGCCAAAAUUAAAUCUUUAAGAUUUUUAUUAUUAAAACAAGAUAUAUAUGAACAAUUAGCACACUUAUGUGGGGGAUUGAAAACUAAGCAUACUAAUGGAUUCCAGUUGUAAGUGCAAGACCAGGUUAAAAACACUGAUUGAAGAUUAGAUAAAAGGAUACUUUAACACAUAGGUGUUUUAUGUAGUUAGAAAAUAAGUCUUUUUAGAGUUAGUUUAUGCUGUCUGUUUAGUUGUAAAAACAUAAAAGUGAACCAUACUUGUACUGUAACUCUGAUUUUCUAUUGUCAGUGUAUUGAGGUAUCAGGAACAUAAUGAUUAUAUAGCACCAUAGUGAAAUUAUUUUCUGUGAAAGAACAUCAUCUAGAAAUUAAGUAAAGUGUUUAGCACUUAGCCACUAGUGAAAGGUGUGUUUGGUUUUGUUAAUCUCUUCUCUUUUUUUUCUCUCUAUGACAACAGAAGUCCUCUGGUUCCGAAAAGAUAAGUCCUUGAAUAGUUCCAUGAUCAUUUGUUUUUUGAACAAAAAAAUUAAGUUCCAAGCUAAUUCUAUAUAAAGCAGUUCGCACUAUAUAAAUUUCUGUGAAAGUUAAUGAGAUCAUCUGACACUAAUCAAGUAAGAUCUACUGAAGACAGAGGUAAAUAACUAUAAUGAUUAUUGAUUAUAAUAAACCAAGCAAAGGGAUUACACUAAUCUGAUGUCCACACUUAAAGCCAAAUAAAGCUGCAUUUUGUGACUCACGAUUUGGAAAUUAAACCUGUAAGUGUUGCUAUUUAUAACCUCUACCGUGUACAUUUAUGUAAAUUCUACUUUAAUUAUAUAUGCAAGAAAAGGCUUCCUACAGUAAGAGCCAAAUGAAGGUAACUGAGAAGAAGCUAAGCAUAUACUGAAGUAGUUGUAGUUUACAUACUGUGUUAUUGCAUCUGAACUUUUUGUAUCUCAAUGAAAUUCAGAAAUUAGGGCAUUAAUCAGUUUGAUGGGCUGCCAUAAUUGUUGUGACCUUUAAAGUUGGCAGUUUGUAAAUAAAAAUCCUGUAAAUAAGAAGCAUUGAUGGUGAUGGAAAGAUGUAGUAGUUCUACCCAAUAAAUAAAUAAAACAUUUUCUAAUUCA